AGACUGUGCACACAGAUGGCGCCCAUAGUUGAGGUUUGCCCGACUUUCUCAUGGCAGCAGAUCACCUCCUGGAUCGUGGUGCAAGCCCUGCAGUCCUGCUACAGGCCCCUCAAUUGGCUGGGUUUUAUCAUCGAAUGGACCAUCAACUUCUUCUACCUCAAUGGCGGGCUCUUCAGAAUGCUCAUUAAACUGCUCACCUUCCAAUGGGGUCGCAUCAUUUUACCCGAUCCGACCGCGGACAACUUCUUAAGCUGCGUAGGGGCGCUGGAUCCCCGUUGCGACUUGUACGUGGACACGUCGAGACCGGACAAGGCUUCCAGUACUCGAGCAGACGCACUGGUUUUCCCAGAUGAGAACGUUAGCUCGCGAUCCACCGCAGAUGUGUGCGUCAUGGCGGCAAAGCUGGCCUACGAGAAUCCAGCUGUUGUUAAGCGAGUGGUAAAAGACAUCUGGAUGAUGAAUUUCGUCAAGUUUUACGAAUGCUGGAACGAGCACCAGCAGAUGGUCAAUACGCAGGCAUUCAUCUUCACCGACAAGCCCAAAGACGCGAACGCCGUCGUGGUGGCCUUCCGCGGUACGGAAGCAUUCAACGCGUACGACUGGAGCACCGAUCUGGACUUCGCUUGGGUGAAACUGGAUCGCCUGGGCGGCGUCCACCUGGGGUUCCUCGAAGCGUUGGGGCUCGUCAGUCGCAAACAUCGCGGUACGAUUGAGAAGCUGAACACGAAUGCAAAUGCUUCCAGCAACGAGACCAAGUCGCACGAGCAGGCCGAGGCAAAUGCCAACGGUCACAUCUUCACUCCUCAUCGUAAAACUAGAGAGGAAAUUGAAAAUGCACCCGCAACUUCCGGCCUCGCUCAAGACAUCAUCGACGAUCCUGCCAAGGAGCUCGCAUACGACGCCAUUACGAAACAGGUGGGGCUUAUCCUCAAGGACAAUCCCAGGGCCAAGCUCUUCAUCACGGGGCACUCUCUGGGAGGCGCACUCGCCUCCCUCUACGCCACGAUGCUCCACUACACCGGCCAGACCGAGAUCGCCUCCAAGAUCGGAGCCGUCUACACCUUCGGCCAGCCUCUUGUCGGCGACCAGGACUUCGUCAACUACGCGAACUCCAAGCUCAAGGGCAAAUUCUUCCGCGUUGUCUACUGCAACGAUGUGGUCCCUCGAGUCCCGUUCGACGACAUCGUCAUGGCUUACAAGCACAUCGGCGACUGUAACUACUUCAACAGCGUGUACGACGGAGUCACUGUUCAGGAAGAACCCAACCGGAACUUCUUCGGCAUCGCCAAGAUAAUCACCAUGCACCUGAACGCAGUGUGGGAGAUUGUACAAGGCUUGUUCUUGAUCACUCUCCAGUACGGCAAGCAGUUCUCGGAGUCGACGAUGUGUCUGCUGUUCCGCAUGCUGGGAUUGGCGUUUCCGGGGGUCGCCGCGCACAAUCCAUGCAAUUACGUAAAUGCGGUGCGUUUAGGGCCGUUUCCGCUCAGAGAGCGCAUCUUGGGCGACAUCGCUGACAUUUCGGAGGAGAUUGCCAUGAUGAACGACAACAUGAAGGACAUCCUGUACUGCAUUUCGCAGGUGUUUUUUGGGAAGAGUGUUCGCCCUUUGGGUUCGAAGCAGCUGUUUUCUUCCUGAACUCGCUAGUCACAGCACUGGUUGCAUUAUGCACAUGGGUGCAGGUUCAAGUAAAUCCGAGGCCGUUGCUAAGAAGUUUGAAGCAAUCGGGAACGUGUGCAAGGCCCUGCACAGGUCACUAGAACCUGUGAUUGAAGACGUUACAUAUAUAUAUAUAUAUAUAUAUAUGUGUGUGUGUGUGUGUCUGUCUGUCUGUAUAUCUACACACGUAUCCGGGAGUGAUCUCGGAUGCGGUUAGCGAGUGGGUUGCAUCGUGACCGGAACCAGCUCAGAGCAGUGGACAGGAGAUUGUAGUCGCAUGUGGACCAAGCAAGUAGGGGUUUUCAAAUCUAGUUCGCCCAGUAGUGAGUGAAUACAGCAACAAUGUUAUGAUGAGAAAUUCUAUCUACAACACAAUAUA